AUGCUGAAUAAGUCCUUUCGAAUACUGAUCUUAGGGAGUGGGGGUAGGGAGCAUGCUUUUGCGUGGAAGCUGAGCCAAUCAAGACAUGUCGAGAAUAUUACUGUCAUCCCAGGAAAUGGGGGAACUUCUUUGGGGUUGCCAAAGGUAUCGAACUUCACCUUGGAACUGUCCAAUUUUACCGAGAUCGUCCUGUUUGCAAAAAGUAAGGAAGUCAAUCUCGUGGUUCCAAGUUCCGAGGGUCCGCUUGUUGCAGGAAUAACCGAUGCUUUUUUGAAAGCUGGAAUCGCUUGCUUCGGUCCCACAAAAGCGGCAGCAAUCCUCGAAGGUUCGAAGGUUUUCUCCAAAAGCUUUAUGCGCCGCCACAAUAUACCUACAGCGGAAUUCGAAGUGUUUGAUAGCUUUCCUCAAGCCAAGGCUUACAUUGAGGCAAUUCAGUAUCCAAUUGUCAUAAAGGCAUCUGGAUUGGCCGCUGGGAAGGGAGUCCUGAUGCCGAACAACAAAGAAGACGCAAUUUCUUGCUUAGAAGAUAUGAUGGUGAAGAAAGUCUUCGGGUCAGCCGGCGACCAGGUGGUAAUCGAGGAACGUUUAGAAGGUGAUGAGAUCAGUGUGGCAAUUUGCAGCGAUGGUUGGGAUAUCAAAAUGUUCCCAGCUGGUCAAGAUCAUCAGCGAGUGUUUGCAGGCAAUGUUGGUCCAAACACUGGUGGUAUGGGAUGUUAUGCCCCAACGCCUUUGUGUUCUGACAGUCAGCUGCAUGACAUAUACAGCCGUAUUCUACUGCCUACAAUCGAUGGAAUGCGAGAAGAAGGGACGCCAUUCGUGGGAAUGAUAUGCAUUGGAGUCAUAAUGACUAGCUCAGGUCCUAAAAACCUUGAAUAUAAUGUUAGGUUUGGUGACCCUGAAGCACAAAUCCUGUUUCCACUCCUCACGGAGGACUCUGACCUAGCUCUGAUCAUAAGCGCAUGCACCGAGAAGCGCUUGGCAGAGGUCACCAUGAAUUUUAAGCAAAAAUUUGCCGCCAAUGUUGUUCUAUGCUCGGUGGCUAUCCGACAAUGUAUGAUACCGGUUAUCCCGUCAGUAUUGACCAUUCCAAGGAAGGUUGCGCUCUGAUAUUUCAUGCUGGUACGAUAUCUGAGAAGGGACAACUGAAGACGUCUGGCGGCCGAGUUUUCGCAGUGUCUGCUUUAGGUGACACGUUAGAAGAGGCAGUGAAGUUUGCUUAUGACGGAUUCAAUGCGAUACAUUUUCAAAGGAUGUAUUUUCGUGAAGAUAUCGCCAAAGCAGUUCUAGAACGUGACUGCGGAACAGUGGGUACAAGGGAUUGACCUCCGUCCUACCUCUCUGUACCCAACAACAUCGCACUUUGCCGAAGACUUUUUCCAAACACUUCAAGCUUUUCAGGAUAUUGGGAAUAUGCUGAAGUUUUACGUUAAAAGGGUCCAUGGUCUUCUUCUCUAGCUAGGACGCCGUUUAUAUAGAAA